AUGCCGCUGGGAGCGCCGGUGAGACAGCCGGACAGCUUCCUCACAAUCGAGCAGGCACUGGAACAGCCAACUCAAAAGACCGUCAAUGUUAUCGGCGUAGUUAGCGAAAUCCUGCCAAUGAAGGAUUCCAACGGCAGUGGUAGGCGUUCAUUUGCCCUCGUAGAUGCACCCGCUAACCAUCUCAUGGACAUGCAAUUCGCUAUCCAGCUACAGGACAAGUCCGUCGCAACCAAGCUUCAUGAGGGCCGCAGUAUACGAGUAAAAUGGUUCAUCAAACAUUAUAUGCCUCAGGCCCCACAGAUAGAGAACGUUGGCGACACGGUCAUUCUGCGAGGCUUCAAGGUCAUCAUCUUCUCGAACAAGCACCUCUUGCUAUCGUCGUAUCAAAGCGAAUGCAUAAUAUUCCCCCCGAAUGUCAUGCCCGACCCCCAUUUCAAUGACUCCUAUGCCUCAGGGCAGAUGCUCAACUAUUUGCGCUACCCGCAAACCGCCAAAGCGCCAACCUCAGAACAGCAAUUAUGGGCCAUCUCUCUUAGACAUGCCCUAUGCUCGAACUUGGCCACAGAGCCGACCGCCGUCGUAUCCGCAACGCCUAGACAAUCGUCUACGAAGUUCAGGCUUAUCAAAGACAUUGGCCCAAGUCAAUUCUUCGAUUUAGUCGUCGAAGUGGUCAAGUCGUACCCACCGACCUUUGAGAUGUACGUUACGGACUACACGGAAAAUACCCUCCUUUAUCGGUACAAAUAUCCCCACGAAGACCGAGGUACUAGCGUAGGCAGAGACGGUGAUCCUUAUGGUUUCACUGACGAAUUGCAUAAGAGGGAGUGGGCAGGACCAUUUGGCCAGAUGACUCUGCAGGUGAAGUUCUGGGACAACCAUGUUGAUUCCUUGCACAAGGUAAAGGAAGGGGAUUUUAUUCAACUGCAAAAUGUCCACAUCAAGAUGGAUGACCAUGGUAAAAAGAUUGAGGGCGCGUUACAUGGGGACAGACACCAUCCAGGACGCGUAUAUGUCACUAUGGUCAAGACGUGGGACCCUCGGGUCCGUGCAUUGAAGGAGCGGAAGCAGGCCUAUCUCACGGCAAUGAAAAAUCGAGAGCAACAAGGCCAGGGCAAGCAAUCACGCAAAGAGAAAAACAAGAAGAAAAAGGCAAUGGAACAAAAAGGGAAACAAACAGCGGCACAAUCAGAGAGCCCAGCAAACGAGGCAGACCACCUUGGGCCCAACUCUCAUGUCAAAUGCGAAAGGCCACAAGACCCAAUAGUUCGGCUGGCUGAUAUUGAAAACAACGAACGACGUCUGUAUAAGACACCAAACGGAGUGAGCUGUGAUCUGCCCUUCAUCAACGCAAUCUACAGAGCUCGGGUUCGCGUCGUCGACUUCUGGCCGGAGAAGCUAGAGGACUUCUCCAGAUCCCUGGAUGAUCCCGAGUUCAAUGACAUCCGUGAAGAAGGUCAAACACAAAGCUCAACGACUUACACAGCACUCUCAGCUGGUACUCAGCACUGGGAAUGGCACUUCUGCCUGUUGGUAGAAGAUGCAAAGCAACCUCCUGGAACCAAGAACCCUGUCAGGAUACCGCUCCUAGUAUUUGACAAGGCUGCGGAAUGCCUCCUUCGUCUUGAUGCCGCAGAUCUACGCAAGGAUAAAAGAACAUUGAACCAGCUUAAAAACAAGCUUUUCAUCCUAUGGGGGAAUCUGGAGGAAUUGAAGUCCGAAGGAGGGGAUCCGUUCGACGACGCCGUAGCGAAGCAGCACUCGAGCAAUGCAUUCGAUUGCUGUAUCAAAGAAACAGGCACUACGGCGGAGCCGGAGCUUGGAAAGGUAGGAUCAGGGGCACAGCCCAGUUUCCAAAGGAUCUACAAUCUUCAUGGCACAACAAUCAACGAUUGA